AUGCUCCAAGCUUCUCAGGAUCGGUCCGAUCUUCACUGUCACGAGCAAUAUUCCUCACCUAUAGCUGAUCUCCAAUGCAAAGGGAAUUACUGCAUCCUUAAGGACUAUCAUUCUUACUCAUUUCCUCACUUCUGCUGCAUGGCUCAUGAAUCCCUAUUUGCGGAAGACUUUGAAAGCGAAGAAGAAGACAUCUCAAUCCCAUUAAGCCAUAAUACUGUCAAAGAAAUUUAUUUGGCUUCAAUAAAAUUACUUUUUUUUGUACUAAAAAUUUAUUUUAAAUUUAAUUUUUAGCCCAAUUUAUUUCCUUGACAAAAUUCCUGAUGAGAUGCAGCUUGAAAUUUCUGCAAUGAAAAAUAAGCAAGACAUCUCAUCUCAAUGCAAUGCAGGGCCACCUGUUUCAUUAAGCCAAUUAAGUAUGCUGCCUUGUCUAGGGCAAAAAGAAGAUAAAAUCUUAUGUGCGAGAUACAGACCAAAUGUAAUAAAUCACACCCCAGUGAUUUAUGUAUCAAGAGAUGAGUAUGAAGAAUUCGAUGAAUGCGGAAUCAAAUACAAGUUUGUAUGUAAAGCCUGUAGCAAAGAGUUUAAGUCAGGGCAAGCACUUGGAGGGCAUAUGUCUAGAAGCCAUCCAGGGUAUGUGGAGUCUGAAGCUCGAAAACUGAGAAAAAUACAAGAAGAUUUAUAA